CUCAAAUCGCCCGAUUUUAUACGUGACCGCCCUUCGCUAAUCGCAUUAUCUCGCGCGAGACUUCCUGACGCCGCGCUAAAGUGGCGCUGUAAUGACAUAAUUUCUGCAUACAAACUUACUAAGCUUGGGCGAAAGCCCCGCAGUUUAGUUUAUUUGUCAAACAAAUGAAAAUUACCGAGACAAGGUUUACGUGGGGAAAAAGGACACGGCUAACUAUCACUCCAAGCUAACAAUCUCUGCAUGUUGAGUUUUGGACAAGAACGAACUAAUUGUUCAAUUUGAGAGUCGACAUUUUUGUGGUCUUUUUCUGGUGAGCCUGUUUUUCUCAUGGCAACGCUAGCCAGUCUUGAACAUUCUCUGCGACAGUCUGCCCGACGCGGACGAGAGGUUCUGGAGCGGGCCUCCAGGCGGAAGGUGGACUGGGGCGAGCUGCCGCACACUUACACUCCUGUGGCAGAUGAAGACAGGGCCGUAUACAGCAAAAAAACAAUGGAGGAACUUCAGGAGGCCUUUUCCACCAUCACUGAGUUCAUGGCGGAGACUCACAUUCAUUGCAAAAGGUUCUACGACUCUGUAGGAUGCUCUCAAGGUUCCAACAUCGAGAAGAAACAUGUGCCUCGCUACCAUAAACACAUCGGGGCAACCAAGAUUGAGUCCUCAUCUCAACUCAGGCAACAUGGCCGGAGUCAAGGUCAAGGUCCACCGGACGACUUCUACAUGGAGGUGGCUCCCGGAUUGUACACCAUCAGCGCCAGCCGGCCUGGCUCACAGCAACAAACCCAGAUGAUCGACCUUGAUCCUGGGGAUACUGUCAGCGUCACGUUUAACCUCUGAACCAAAACAAUCCUGCGUGUAUAUAUGAUUAUAUCAGCCUCAAUUUUUAUUUUCUUAUGUCAAAGUACUAUUUUUUUGGUUGCCUCCAUGUUUCUAUCAACGUAAAACAAAACAUCAUGAACUCACAAUAAAGUUUUUUAAUUUAAAAAAAGUUA